AUGGCAUCGCAAGGGACAAGGGACUGUCGAGACCAUCGAGUGCCUGGUCCAGGUAAGCAGGAGUACAAGGUACUGGGCCAGGAUCAAAUGCUGCAAGGCUGGCUAUGA